AUGGGACUUGCGCAGAUCGGCUGUAAACAUGCAAAACUAACUGAUUUACGAAAAUCAGUCAUGCUUCGUACUUCAAAUGCGGAGAAGAAAACAGUGCGUUAUAGCGUAACGAUGGUAUGAGUCGGUUUUUACACUGAGCAAAGUAGAUAACUCCUUAAUUUUUCUACCACUAGAUAGCAAAUUUUUUGAAUUCGAUACUGUAGGUUCAGGAGCACAAGAGCCGUCAAAUGCCUAGUUCGUUUCCGUUUUUAGAAAACUGAAUUUUACUGUGUCAAAAGCGUUAUAGCGUCAGGCGCGGACAAGCCGCUUAACAGUUCCUGUACGAUGCUUAAUUGAGAAACUGUUUCAACGAAGGUGGACUGUAUGAGACAGCAUGUGUCGUCAUCUUCAUUGGAACCAAAAAUGGUAGUGUCAUUUAAAUCGCAACAGGAAGAAAACUUAUCAGUUACGCAGAACGAGAACGUGUUGGAGUUAGAACAAGAUCCUUUCCUGAAUGAGGGUCAAGUCAAAUAUCUAC